AUGUUUCAAUUGCAACAAGAAUUGGCAAAUUUGAGAAAAAAACAUGACAAUGAUGAAGGGUAUGGAAUCUACAAGAAAAUGAAUGCAUGGACGAAUUGGAAAGAAUUACCAAAUAUAGUCAAGUCAAAAUUUAAUGACAAUCCUCAACUAUUGAUCGAAAAACGAGCUCGUAUCAAACAUUCACUUCAAACCUGGAUAGUUUCUCUCGUGAUGGCUCGUAGAAAAGAAAUGCAACAAUCAUCCUUCGAUCCAUUUCACACAAAUGGAUUUUCCGAUUCUGUCACUCCAGCCAGUGACAAGGAUCAAGAUUUCUUCCCUGCAAAUCACUUUUUACCAGGAAUUUUCGAUCAAAAUCUCAACAACAAGGAUAUGAAUUGUAAUGGAAUUUAUGGAACAGAACCCAAAACAGGAAAAAGUUAUGAAAGUUUAUAUUGCAAUAAUAACAACAACAACAACAGCAGUAGUGCAACACGACAGGUCAUUAUGUUUGGCGAUUCUGCAUCGAGUGGUUUUCAUAUUCCUCCUGAAUAUUUAGAUGUGGAUAACAUGACCAAUGUUGGAUUUUUAUUGGAAGAUGAAUUUGAUUGGCCACAAAAAUGUUGGUCCACUGGAUGGGAUAUGAAUAGUAUUGGACAAGAUGGAUCGAUUUAUUUGAGAAUGAGACAACGUGAUUUGUGUAUGCAUCGGCAGUAUCAAAAUGUUGGACAUAAUGGAGGUAAAAUUGAGAACUUUGCUGGUUAUCAAUUGGAUGGUCUUUCCAUGACUCCUCAAUCUUUACCAUUUAUUGGAUUUUUAGCUUAUAUUGGAAAUGACGUGUGUAAAGACACUUUACAAGAAAUGACCACUCCUCAACAAUUUGAAGAACGUCUCAUGAAGGGUUUGACUCUCCUCGAUGCUCGUUCUCCACCCAACAGCAAAUUGUUAUUGAUUGGACUCGUCGAUGGAAGAAUUUUAUGGAAUGAAAUGCACAACAGAAUUCAUCCUCUUGGAGUGACCUAUGAAGGUCUGUAUCACUUUUUGACAUGUUCAGGAGCAAAUCCAUGUCAAACUUGGUUGACUCCUGAUGAAGCCACUCGAAAUGCCACUUCUCAACGAGCAUCAGAAUUAUCUCAAGUCGCAAACAAAAUUUCACAAACUGUCAAAUUGAAAAAUAUUGAAUUGGGUUACAUGGAUUUCCCACUUCCUCAAAUGCUUGAAUAUUGCAAACAACAUCAAAUUCCACCUUAUUUAUUGAUUGAACCAUUCGAUGGUUUUCACACAAGCAUUAAUUUUGCUGACAAGAUUGAGGCAGAAAUUAUUUGGAAUUGGUUGAGUGCCAACAAACCACAUUGGAUUGUACCUGUGAAUGGGUUUAAUUCACAAAUCCAACAAGUGUUUGGCAAUCAAGGAGGUUUUUAA